AUGGCCUCAACGGCCUCUGCUCUCUCUCUUUCUCAGUUUCAGCCUAUCACCUCGGCGACUAUCCCGCUUAGCUGCAUCCUAGCCUACGACACCGAGAUUCCCGGCUGUGCGAUAAGUGACUUUGUGGAGGGAGCCACCUGCUCCUCGUCGUGCUUGAGGGGGCUGAGAAGGUUGGAAUACGCUCUUCAAAUCGUGUGUGACGACGCCGACGCGCCCAAGAUAUCGCUAUUGGGACAGGCACUGGAGGGCAAUCUAGCAGCGGUUCUCUGCCCGGGUAGAUCCCCAGACGCCACGAUGUCGAGCUCGAGCUCGAGCCCGACUUUGGUACCCCCUAACACCACCACCCUCACCACCACGCUUGCUGCGACGCAGCGCACGCAACUCACAUUCACCACGGUUCAACCUCCGUCCACAACGUUGACGAGGUCCACUGCCAGGACGGAAACGGAUACAGAGACAGGGACAGGGAGAAGGGCGGAAUCAAAGACAGAGGAGCCAACGACCUCUAUAUCUUCGACCAGCACCUCGCCUACUAGUACUGUCACGUCAGAUACCCCACGGCCGACGUUCGUUCAAUUCACAAGCUCAACUACUGCAUCGCCAAGUUCUACGAGCACGGCCGAAGCUCCCGAAGAGACCGAUGGAGUCAGAUCGGGCGGCUUUACUCCAUUUGAGUUGUUUCCCAACAGCUCAACGCAACUUAUUACCUCCUGGAUGACAGCAGUUGCCAUCUCAUUAGCUGUCAGUUUCUUGCUUUUAUAG